UGGGCGGAAUGGAGGUCCAGGGCGGCUCGCUUCUCUCUCGGCCUCCCCGGGAGGAGGGAGACUUCGGCUUCUGCACGUCUGCAGGGGAGAGCUCCCAGAUGUCCUUUGAGGAGGUGGCCGUGUUCUUCACGGAGGAGGAAUGGGCUCUCCUGGAUCCGGACCAAAGAAAACUCUACUGGGAAGUGAUGCAGGAAAACUACGAGACCAUGGUGUCUCUGGUUGCAGAUGUGAGGGAGAUGGCGAGUGAGAAGGAACAGGGAAGGGCAGUUGUAGAACGAAAUGAAGAUAUGGAGGAAGAAACAAAACCAGGGGCUCAAGUGGUACCAAAGACGCAGCAGAGAAGCAAAAGGGAAGCAAAACAGAAGCAGAGGAAGAAAUUGAUUGCCCAGCAGAGCAGGAAGAAACCUGAGGUCCCAGGCCAUGAUAAAAUGCAGAAUAGAAAGAGAAGGCAUAAGGGUUGCGGGAAAGCGAAAACAUUGAGAUAUGAACUCAGACUUAAAAUAUGUCAGAACGUUUCAACAUUCUGGAAAAGAUAUAAAUACUCAGAAUGUGGAAAGACCUUUUUACAGAACAGCAAGUUAGCUAAACAUCACAGAAUGAAUAUGGGCGAGAAGCCAUAUAAAUGUUUGGAGUGUGGGAAGAGCUUCUCUUUGAAUAGCCUCCUAACUAGACACCAAAAGGUUCACACAGGGGAGAAGCCAUAUAAAUGCUUGGAGUGUGGGAAGAGCUUCUCUCAGAAAGAUUCGCUAACUAGCCAUCAUAAGGUUCAUACAGGGGAGAAAUCAUAUAAAUGCUUGGAGUGUGGGAAGAGCUUCUUGCAUAGCAGUGACUUCACUAAACAUUACAGCACUCACACUGAGGAGAAGCCAUAUAAAUGCUUGGAAUGUGGGAAGAGCUUCUUGGGUAGUAGUUCCCUCACUAAACAUUACAGGAUUCACACAGGGGAGAAGCCAUAUAAAUGCUCGGAGUGUGGGAAGAGAUUCUCUCAAUCUUACCACCUAACUAGACAUGAAAAGGUUCACACGGGGGAGAAGCCAUAUAAAUGCUUGGAGUGUGGGAAGAGCUUCUCUCAAUCUUACCACCUAACUAGCCAUCAAAGGAUUCACACGGGGGAGAAGCCAUAUAAAUGCUUGGAGUGUGGGAAGGGCUUCUUUGACAAACAUACCCUAACAAGCCAUCAAAAGGUUCACACAGGGGAGAAGUCAUAUAAAUGCUUGGAGUGUGGGAAGAGCUUCUCUCAGAAAGGUUCCCUAACUAGCCAUCAUAAGGUUCAUACAGGAGAGAAACCAUAUAAAUGCUUGGAAUGUGGAAAGAGCUUCUCACAUAGUCGUGACCUCACUGGUCAUAACAGGAUUCACACAGGGGAGAAGCCAUAUAAAUGCUUGGAAUGUGGGAAGAAGUUCUCUCGGAAAGGUACACUAACUAGCCAUCAAAAGAUUCACACAGGGGAGAAACCAUAUAAAUGCCUGGAGUGUGGGAAGAGCUUCUCUCAAAAAACCAAUCUUACUAGACAUCAAAAGGUUCACACAAGGGAGAAACCAUAUAAAUGCUUGGAGUGUGGGAAGAGCUUCUCUUAUAGCGGUGACCUCACUAAACAUUACAGGAUUCACACAGGGGAGAAGCCAUAUAAAUGUAUGGAGUGUGGGAAGAGCUUCUGUCAGAAAGGUGCCCUAACUAGCCAUCAAAAUGUUCAUACAGGGCAUACAGGGGAGAAACCAUAUAAAUGCUUGGAGUGUGGGAAGAGCUUCUCUCAAUCUUACUACCUAACUAGACAUGAAAAGGUUCACACAGGGGAGAAGCCAUAUAAAUGCUUGGAGUGUGAGAAGAGCUUCUCUCAGAAAGCUUCCCUAACUAGCCAUCAUAAAGUUCAUACAGGGGAGAAACCAUAUAAAUGCUUGGAGUGUGGGAAGAGAUUUUCGUAUAGUAGUGACCUCACUAAACAUUACAGGAUUCACACAGGGGAGAAGCCAUAUAAAUGCUUGGAGUGUGGGAAGAGCUUCUCGUAUAGUGGUGACCUCACUAAACAUUAUAGGAUUCACAAAGGUGAGAAGCCAUAUAAAUGCUUAGAGUGUGGGAAGAGCUUCUCUCAGAAUCGCCACCUUACUAAACAUCGAAAGAUUCAUGCAGGGCAGAAUCCAUAUAAAUUCUUAGAAAAUGGGAAGAGCUUCAAAGACAGCAGCAACCUUACCGUACAACUCGAUAAGCACACUGUCAAAUAACCAUCCCAUCAUUUAAUUUUGCCUUCUUUGUUCCAUGAAGUGUUUGAUGGUAACUUUCUUUGACAGGGAUCAUCCAUCUUUCUAAUUUCCUCAUUAUUCUCCGUCUCCCCACCAUCCUUUCGGUUAACAUCAAACAAACAUAUAUAUACCCCUGGUGAGAAAAACAUGCAUAUUUUUCUGUCUCCUCUUAAAGCUCCUCAUGUUAAUGGAUUAUUCACCAAGGUAGUUCAUACUUCCUCUUCCAAAAUUAGGAGUGCUAAAAUUUUCUAGUGGGAAUAAUGUCUUGUGCUACCUAAUAAGGAAUCUUUCAUAUGUGACAAUAUAAAAAUAUGAUUAAUCAUGGAUUUAGCCAAUUCCUCAGUGUUUCAGUUGUGACAUUUU